ACGAAGAAGAAGAAGAGGAAGAAGAAGAAGAAGAAGAAGAAGAAGAAGAAGAAGAACACGAUCGUGCUUCGGUGAAGUGUCGACAGAAGCAAAGACCAGAUACGAGAAAGUAGUCGAGAGUGAACGGUCGAGGAGAUCGGGUGCUCGAUAAAGAAUUUCUCCUACGAGACGCACGAGGAGGAGGACGCACCGUCUCUCGGACAUUUCCGUAAAGAAGCCGCGCGAUCGAACUCGCCGACUCGCCGCGCGUCGUUCGACGGUUCGCCCGUAGGUCAGGAAUCCGACGCAGCCGCGCCGACGCAGCGUUUCGAUUUCUCGGAAGAUCGGCGCCGAUCGCACCCCGCGUCCGGUGCCCGACGACACCCAGAAUCGCCGGAGGAAGGAAACAAUCGGCGAUCGUCGAGAAGCUGCUCCGCGGGGCGGAGGGGAUGGAGAUGCGCCUCGUUCUCGUGGCGGUCUGCCUCCUUCUCGUCACCCCAAUCGCCGGCUCGUUCUGGACCGUUGGCAAUCAGCUGGUGAUGGACCCGAUGCUCAUCUGCAAGAAAACCAGGAGGCUGAAGGGCAAGAUGGCCGAGAUCUGUCGCAAAGAGCCCUCGUUGCUCAAGGAGAUCGCGAGGGGCGUGCAGGUCGGGACCAAGGAGUGUCAGUAUCAGUUUCGGAAUCGCAGGUGGAACUGCACCACGAUCAGAAGGUCCCUGAGGAAGAUUCUGCUGAGGGAUACCAGGGAGACAGGCUUCGUGAACGCCAUCACCGCGGCCGGCGUCACCUACGCCGUCACCAGGGCCUGCACCAUGGGCCACCUCGUCGAGUGCUCCUGCGACAAGAUGACGUCGAAAGGUAACCGCUUCGGCAAAUUCAUCCCGACCCCGGAGAUCCAGAAGAGCCUGCCGACCGAGGGUGACUGGGAGUGGGGCGGGUGCGGGGACAACGUGAAGUUCGGGUUCAAAAAGUCGCGGGAGUUCAUGGACGCGCCGUACAGGAAGCGCAGCGACAUCAAGACGCUGGUGAAGCUGCACAACAACGACGCCGGUCGUCUGGCGGUGCGGGACUUCAUGAGGACGGAGUGCAAGUGCCACGGGCUCUCGGGCUCGUGCACGGUGCGCACGUGUUGGCGGAAGAUGCCGCCGUUCCGCGACGUCGGCAACCGGCUGAAGGAGUCGUUCGACGGCGCGGCCAAGGUGAUCCCGAGCAACGACGGGCACAGCUUCAUCACGGAGGGGCCGACCAUCAAGCCGCCGGAUCGGUUCGACCUGAUCUACAGCGAGGACUCGCCGGACUUCUGCAAGCUGAACCGGAAGACCGGCUCGCUGGGCACCCAGGGUCGCCGCUGCAACUCGACCAGCCCGGGCGUCGACGGCUGCGAGCUGCUCUGCUGCGGCAGAGGCUACGACACCCGGAUCGUCAAGGAGAAGGUGAACUGCGAGUGCAGGUUCCGGUGGUGCUGCGAGGUCACCUGCAACACUUGCCUGGACAAGAAGACGAUCAACACCUGCCGUUGAUCGGCGCGCCGACAGAGCGCGAGCGACAGAACCGGAUCUCCUCAUUUAGGAUAAAAGCGUCAUGUUGUAAUAUACGCGUAGUCCCGCGCGGAUCGAGUCGCGCGUUGGUAGCGGGACGAGCGACACAGUUCGACUCGUCACCCACCGUUCGAAGCUUUCCAGGUAUCUCCAGCUGUUUAUUUUAAGGCAAUUACUCGCGCGCGAGAAGAUUCCCGCCUUUUCCGCUUGCGUCCUCCGCUCUCGAAAAUAUAUCGAACCUAAAAAAAAGAAAAAAAACUCCUCCCUCGCGGUUAUAUUUGUACAUAAGACUGAAUCGAACGUAUCGUUAUUAUUAUACAUUGUGCUCCGUCGAAUAAAAAGCAUGUAUCCUCGGCCGACAA